GAUUCAGAGCCCUGAAGUAUGCAGUGAUCAGAUCUGACAGAUGGGUGUGUCUGCACCUAAGGUGUGUGUGUGUGUGUGUGUGUGUAUAAAUAUGUGUUAGUUCACAGAUUGUUCUCUGAAGCAGAACACUGGGACGGCGCUCAGAGCACGAGACAUGUUCAUACUAAUCUGCCGCUACAACCGGGUGUUCGCCUACCCCGGCGAUGAUGUCACGCUGUCCUCUCACCUCUCGCCCGAAACCAGCGCCAUGCCCAUGGAGGUCCGGUGGUUUCGGGGGACGGAAUGCAUUUACAUGUACAGAAACGGGCAGGUGAGCGUCGGGAAGGGCUACGAAGGCCGGGCGAGCCUGUUAACCCGGGAGCUGAGUAGAGGAAAUGUGUCUCUGACCCUGAAAUCCAUCUCACCCCAGGACAUGGGGAUCUACAGCUGUCAGGUGCUUACUGGCUUCAACAAGGUGGAGAAGUCCAUCCAUUUAUAUAUGUCAGGAAUGGAGCCACUUUCACCUGAUCUAAGCCCGACGCUUACAGAAAAGGACAGCAUGAACAUGGAAGAAUCUGUCCUCAUACUUGAGUUAAAGAAAUUACUGCAGCAACGGGAAAAAGAGCUUCAAGAUAAAACCAGAGAUUUGGAAGCCACGACCGAAAUUCUGAAGACCAAGUCAAGUCUCCUGCUGUACAAGGAUGUAGACCUGGAGAAUAUGAGUAAACUGGUCAAUCAGAAAGAGGAACAUGUGAAGACCGUGCUGAGCGAGCUGGAGGCGUGUAAGAGGCAGCUGGGACAGAAGCUGCAGGAGAAGGACGCGGUGGUCGAGGAGCUUCGAGUCCAUCUGCAGGACAAAGAGCACAAACUGGAGGAGGAGAAGAAGAAACAUCUAGGGGAAGGAAUAGAACAGCAGAGUACAGAAAGACUCAAGAACACGGCACAGGAUGCCACAGACACCCAGGAAUCGAUCCAUGUACUCGAGUUGAAGAAUUUACUGCAGAACAAGGAAAAAGAGCUCGAAGAUAAAACUAUGGAGUUGGAGAGCAUGUCUGGAGAACUGACCAGGAUGAUGAAGCUGCUACAAGACAGAGACACGGACGUGCGGAAUUUAGCAAAAGAGCGAGACGAAUGUUUGGAGCACAUGACCAGAGAGAUGGAAAUGUGUUUCCGGGAGCUGGAGACACUGGGACAGAAGCUGCAGGAGAAGAACGCGCAGGUUCAGGAGCUUCGAGUCAUUCUGCAAGAGAAAGAGAGGGAGCUGGAGGAGGAAAAGAAACACGGACAUGUGAUUACAGAGAAUCAAACGGCGGAUGUUUCUCACGUCGUCCUGAGCAGAACAUACCAAACCCCGAAGGAGCAGCUGAAAGAGAUAGAGAGCUGGAUUGCUAAAAAGAGAGAGGAGAGAAGACUGAAAGAAGAGGAGGAGAGGACAGAGGCUCUCGAGAAAGAGUUUCUCGAUUACGUCUCGGCGGUGAAAGAGCUGAUCGGAAAGAAAUACGAGAAGAUCGUGGCUUGGGCCAAGAUGAUGGCCGUGCUUCAGAAAAAGCUAGAGGUGGUAGAGACAGACGAGGAACGGCAGGCGCUGGAGAUGCACCUGAAGGAAGCUUCUGAAAUGCAAAGGCAAGGUGAGGAACAGAUAGAGCAACUGACGGAAGGCAUAGAGGAAAAGAGGAACGCCAUCGAAGAGAAGCACAAGAACGACAUCGAGGAGAUCAGGGAGAAAUACAGCACCGUGUCCAAGAUUGAAGCGGAAACUAACAUCCUGAAAAUCCUCCUUCCGGACAUCCAGACGUACUUUCAGACGAGAAACUCGGACGCUCGGGGAGAAAGACGAACGGCGGAGUACACGCACGUAGACGGGGUGGAAAUCCGUUUAGAGAAGGAGAUCCUGGAAACCGGGACGAUUCCAGUCGAGGGAGAGGUUACCAUAGAAACAGAAGUGGAAGCGGUGAGAUCCGUUAAGAGCGGCCCGGAAAUAAACAACAGCCGAGUUGUGAAGCUCGUGCGCAAAAACGUGACCUGGCAACUUGACGAUCUGCCGAGCGAGGACGAAGGUACGGAAGACGUGAGCAACAAAAUGGUGAACGGUGUGAUAAUCGGAGCGCGAGAAAUGAACGAGCAGGAGGAGGCGUGGGAAGUUGAAACCGGUGAAGAGGACAACGCUCAGUAGACCUACUGAAACUGAAAACUUUUCACAUAGUGAUAGGCGUUAGAUUUGCUAGCUCCAAGCUAGGUGGGUGUGGUCUAAGUAGAAGCAGUUACUGCAACUUUUGAAACUGAUGCUAAUCCAGUGAUACAGACACAGGACAGUCUUUAGGAUUACAGCAGGUACAGCAUCCAUGUCAGAUUAUUUCUUCAGCAGCAGGCAAGUCGUUCCAAGCAGCAGGUAAGACAACAGGGCAUCAGGAUGUGUCGUGUGUCUAAUAAUAAACAUUUUCGUACACUUCAUUUUGCAGUCUUGUGUUCGGAGUGUGUGUGCGCGGUUUUUAUUUCUCAACACUUAUACAAACAUCUACAUCGGCAUUGUCCAGUCGAUUAAAAAUCACAUUAUCACAUUCUUUAGGGGAAACUUGAAUCUUUAGGUUUUAAAGAUUAUCCAGGAUCCCUGCAUCACCCCUGAGGCGCUGGUUCUGUGGCGCGAUCGCAGGGACGGUCGGUCUUUCUGCAAAAGAGACGGGGCUUAAUGUUAAAUCAGUGAUAACUGAACCUGUUAUCACUUAUGUUAUAGCAGCUCUGUUACGACCUCUCGUUUAUCUCUGUCUUGAAGAUCGUAACGUAAGAAAAAUUAAAAUCCCAGCUUGUAUUAUGUAAAAACUUAAAAAGCGCUGAAUAAAUGUUCAAUGGAACAGAACACAGAAA